AUGUUGGUGCGGAGCCUACCUGCGGUAUUUCGCCAUUCUAUCCAACGGUGGGCAGUUAGGAAGCGCCGCUUUUUCAAGGAAACCGAAUCACAGAGGCUGAGGGCCGGUGCCUGUGGGGGAUGGGAUACUGGUAGGAUAGGAAUCGAUGGUCAACUUGUGUCGCCGCCGCUGCCACUCGAAAACAUGAAACGCGGGCUGAUCGCGUGGUCGGCGGUGUCACAGUACAAGCCGAUGAUA